UGUAGUUCUCAUGUUGGAAUGAUUGGUGGAGCUCAAGAAUUAACUCUUCAUCCUAAUUGCAGAAAGAAACAACAAAUAAUAGUGCAUGAAUUGGGUCACGCGAUUGGUAUGAUCCAUGAACACCAGAGACCAGAUAGAAAUGACUAUGUGGUUAUAAAACAGGAGAAUGCUAUGGAUAAUACAGCGGCUGAUUUCAGAAUGUACAGUUGGAACGUUAUAAACAGUCAUAGUGUUCAGUAUGAUUAUCAAUCUAUCAUGCAUUAUGGAGGAACAGUAAGUAGUUGU